CAGCAGCAAUAGGAGCGGCGGAGGCAUCAGACUGGGAUUGGCAGUGACAGGCCAGAAGAAGCAGUAACAGCUUUAAUGUCCCAGCGCACAGGAAGCCAGUGAGAGCAUCGCCAAUCCAGGUCCAGGACAUGGCGGGAGCCUCAGUGAAGGUUGCGGUCAGAGUGCGGCCGUUCAACUCGCGAGAAAUUGGGAAGGAUUCAAAAUGCAUCAUCCAGAUGUCUGGGAAUACAACCACAAUCAUCAACCCCAAACAGCCGAAAGAGACUCCCAAAAGCUUCAGCUUUGACUAUUCCUACUGGUCCCACACUUCAGAAGAGGACAGUCAGUAUGCGGGCCAGCAGCAGGUGUAUUGUGACAUUGGGGAAGAGAUGCUGCUUCACGCAUUUGAAGGAUACAACGUCUGCAUCUUUGCCUAUGGACAGACUGGGGCUGGUAAAUCCUACACUAUGAUGGGCAAACAGGAGCCAUCCCAACAAGGAAUUAUACCCCAGCUGUGCGAAGAUCUUUUCUCUCGAAUCAGUGACACAACCAAUGACAACAUGUCUUACUCUGUAGAGGUCAGUUAUAUGGAAAUAUACUGUGAGCGAGUUAGAGACUUGCUGAACCCCAAAAACAAGGGGAACCUGCGAGUGCGUGAACACCCCCUUCUGGGACCCUAUGUGGAAGAUCUUUCGAAACUUGCCGUCACUUCUUACCAGGAUAUUCAGGAUCUCAUGGACUCUGGUAACAAGGCCAGGACUGUUGCUGCUACCAACAUGAAUGAAACAAGCAGUCGAUCCCAUGCUGUCUUCAACAUUAUCUUUACCCAGCGCAGACACGAUGCUGAUACCGAGAACACAACAGAGAAGGUCAGUAAAAUAAGCCUCGUAGAUCUUGCUGGAAGUGAAAGAGCUGAUUCUACAGGUGCAAAGGGUACAAGAUUAAAGGAAGGUGCAAACAUCAACAAAUCUCUCACUACCCUUGGAAAAGUGAUCUCUGCUCUUGCUGAAAUGGACUCUGGAACCAAUAAGAACAAAAAGAAGAAGAAAAAUGAUUUUGUUCCCUACCGAGAUUCAGUGCUCACUUGGCUCCUGAGAGAGAAUUUAGGUGGGAACUCUCGCACAGCCAUGGUUGCUGCACUGAGCCCAGCAGAUAUCAAUUAUGAUGAAACCCUCAGCACUUUAAGAUAUGCUGACCGUGCCAAACAGAUUAGAUGCAAUGCUGUUAUAAAUGAGGAUCCAAAUAACCGUCUGAUCCGUGAGCUGAAAGAUGAGGUGUCACGACUGAGGGAGCUCUUGGGUGCACAAGGAUUGUCUGAUAUUAUUGACAAUGUUUGUCCUGUGGAUAAUGGGAAUGUGCUACAUACACGUCACGCUCCUGACAAUCUCUUCACAGCCGUUAAUGCCCUGACUGGUAUGAGUCCUUCGUCUUCCAUGUCUGGUUUGUCCAGCCGAGCUGCAUCUGUCACUAGCCUACAUGAGCGCCUGGCAUUCACACCUGGCAGUGAAGAAGCCAUUGAGAGACUCAAGGAGACUGAAAAGAUUAUAGCAGAGUUGAAUGAGACUUGGGAGGAAAAGCUGCGCAGGACUGAAGCUAUACGCAUGGACAGAGAAGCUUUGCUGGCAGAGAUGGGAGUAGCUAUGAGAGAAGAUGGAGGAACACUUGGAGUCUUUUCACCUAAAAAGACUCCUCACCUUGUGAACCUUAAUGAAGAUCCUCUGAUGUCUGAGUGUCUAUUAUAUUACAUUAAAGAUGGUAUUACCAGAGUUGGGCGUGAGCAUGCAACAUUGAGGCAGGACAUUGUGCUGAGUGGCCACUUCAUUCGUGAUGAGCAUUGUAUUUUCCGGAGUGAUAUAUUGAGCUGUGGAUCAGUGGUGGUGACUCUUGAGCCCUGUGAUGGAGCCGACACAUAUGUAAAUGGGAAGAAGUUGACAGAGUCAUGUACUCUGAGAUCUGGAAACAGAAUCAUUAUGGGUAAGAGCCACGUAUUCCGUUUCACCCACCCUGAGCAAGCUCGCCAGGAAAGGGAGCGCACGCCUUGUGCCGAGACCCCAUCUGAACCUGUGGACUGGGCAUUUGCUCAAAGAGAGCUCCUCGAGAAGCAGGGAAUUGAUAUGAAACAAGAGAUGGAACAGAGGCUCCAAGAACUGGAGGAUCAAUACAGAAAAGAACGUGAGGAAGCUAAUUACCUUCUGGAACAGCAGAGACUGGACUAUGAAAGCAGACUAGAAGCAUUACAGCGACAGAUGGAAUCUAGAUAUUUCACUGAAGUUACUGAGGAAGAGGAGGAACCUGAAGAUGAAGUUCAAUGGACAGAACAGGAAUAUGAUCUGGCAUUAUGGGCUUUUCGAAAGUGGAAGUGGUACCAGUUUACAUCACUUCGAGAUCAACUUUGGGGAAAUGCCAUCUUUCUUAAAGAAGCCAAUGCUAUCAGCGUGGAAUUAAAGAAAAAGGUACAAUUCCAGUUUGUUCUGCUGACAGACACUCUGUAUUCUCCUCUACCUCCGGACCUGCUCCCGCCUGAUGCCCAUACUGAACGAGAAAAGCGCCCCUUCCCUAGAACCAUUGUUGCGGUUGAGGUUCAGGAUCAGAAAAAUGGUGCAACUCACUACUGGACCCUAGAAAAACUCAGGCAGCGUCUGGACAUGAUGAGGGAGAUGUAUGACCGGGCCGCAGAGCUUCCUUCUGGUCUCACGGAGGACUGUGAUAAUGUGGUGACUGGAGGAGAUCCUUUUUAUGACCGUUUCCCUUGGUUUCGACUAGUGGGAAGCUCUCCCCUAUUCACCACAUGCAUGAGCGAGAGCAUGGCCGAAAUUACUCCCUCCCCCACUCUAUCAAGCUCCGGCUCCGAAGGCCAGCUUGAAGAGGAUAUUUUUCAGGAUGAUGAGGAAGAGGAAGAUGGACCCCAGGAGCAUCCUUGCUGUGCUGUCAGAUCAGACCCGUUUCACGACCGAUUCCCCCUGUUCAGUGUAGUGGGAAGGGCUUUUGUGUACCUGAGUAAUUUGCUGUACUCUGUUCCAUUGGUCCACCGAGUUGCCAUUGUCAGUGAGAAGGGAGAAGUGAAAGGAUUUCUUCGUGUUGCUGUUCAGGCCAUAUCAGCUGACGAGGAAGCUCCCGAUUAUGGUUCUGGAGUCCGUCAGUCUGGCACAGCUAAAAUAUCCUUUGAUGAUCAACAUUUUCAAAAGUUCCAGGCUGAAAGCUGCCCAGGAAUGACACGCUCAGGCACUUCGCAAGAGGAGCUUCGUAUUGUCGAGGGAGGACAAGGACAAAAUCCAGACUCAUGUCCUUCUGCUGAUGAAGUCAACAACAACACCUGUGCAGCUUCUCUGCCGCCUUCCUUGCUGGAUAGCCCUACAAAGGCACAAUUUGACCUCUCAGAUACUAUGGGCCACCCUCUCAAACUGGGCAGCAUCUUCACAUUCAGAGUGACUGUCUUGCAGGCAUCGAGUAUACCUCCAGAAUAUGCUGACAUAUUCUGCCAAUUCAAUUUCAUUCAUCGCCAUGAUGAGGCCUUUUCCACUGAACCAUUAAAAAACACUGGCCGAGGGCCACCAUUGGGCUUCUACCAUGUGCAGAAUAUUGCUGUGGAGGUCACACAGUCUUUCGUGGAAUAUGUGAAGAGUCAACCAAUUGUGUUUGAAGUGUUUGGACAUUAUCAGCAGCAUCCUUUCCCUCCUUUGUGCAAAGACGUCCUGAGCCCUCUCCGCUCUUCUAGACGUCUGCUUCCAAGGGUCAUGCCUCUGUCCAAACCAGUUCCUGCCACAAAGUUGAGCAGACAGCGUGUCCCCAGUGUUGGUCCUUGUCACUGCAAGUAUGACCUGAUGGCUUACUUCCAGAUCUGUGAACUUGAAGCUAAUGGAGAUUACAUACCGGUAUCAAUAGAUCAUGGAGUUGGCUUGCCUUGCCACGGGACAUUUCUUCUUCACCAGGGUAUCCAAAGACGCAUUUCAGUGACACUGGUGCAUGAAGCUGGCGCUGAGCUGAAGUGGCUGGAAGUGCGAGAGCUGGUUGUGGGUCGCAUCCGGAACACUCCAGAGGCGGAUGAGUCUCUUAUUGACCCCAACAUUUUGUCACUGAAUAUCCUAUCUGCGGGGUAUCGGCCCCCUGAAGGAGGUGAUCGGCAGUUUCUUGAUUCUGACACUCCUAGCUGCCAAUCCGGGAGGGGCACCAGGACAUUCUAUCACUUUGAGGUGGCCUGGGACAGCUCUAUGCACAACUCUUUGUUGCUGAAUCGUGUCACUCCAUACAGAGAGAAGAUCUACAUGACUUUGUCUGCCUAUGUGGAGAUGGAAAAUUGUACACAGCCUGCUGUGAUCACAAAAGACUUCUGCAUGGUUUUCUAUUCUCGAGAUGCCAAACUCCCAGCAUGCCGGUCCAUUCGGAACCUAUUUGGAACUGGCAGCUUACGAGCCUCUGAAAGAUUCUCCUAUAACUUAUUGCAUUACUGUACUCGGCUAACAUGCAUGCUUAUGAAUAUGAGAGGCAAGGUGGGAUAUGCACCAAGUAAUCGUGUGACAGGAGUUUAUGAGCUGAGCCUGUGUCGUGUUGCAGAAGCCAGUAGUCCAGGGAUGCAGCGGAGACGGAGACGUGUGUUAGACACCUCAGUAGCAUAUGUACGAGGGGAGGAAAACCUGGCAGGGUGGAGGCCACGGAGUGACAGCCUUAUCCUUGACCAUCAGUGGGAACUGGAGAAACUCAGCUUGCUUCAAGAGGUGGAGAAAACUCGGCAUUACCUGCUGCUGAGAGAGAAACUGGAAGCCACUCUCAGGGGAGCCACAGAACUUCUCACUCCUUCCCCAACUGAGGAGAUGCUGCCUUUCAGCCCAACAAGUCAGCCAAUUCAGCUCACAGAGGUUGGAUCCCCCCGUGCAGAAGAGAACCCCCUAGAAACUGCCAGCGAAAGGCAGAAAGAGCUGGCUGCUAAGUGUCUUCGCCUGCUCACCCACACCUUCAACAGAGAGUACAGUUACAGUCAUGUAUGCGUGAGUGCCAGCGAGAGCAAGCUGUCAGAAAUGUCAGUUACACUUUUACGGGACCCUUCACUGUCUGGCUUAGGGGUCAACUCCCUCACACCAUCCAGCACCUGCCCUUCCCUAGUAGAAGGACGUUACUACAGUCCUGAGGCUAGCCCACAACCUAUCUCCUGCGCAUUCAGCCCUGAGCGAGACCUGCUGAGCCCAGCUGGAGACCUCCUGAAAUCUCCCAGUGGUGAACUGAAGACUCCCACUUUAAAACUCUUUGCACCUGAAAUACAAGAGGUCAGAGUUAGUCCAAUUGUCUCUAGGAAGGGAUACCUACACUUUCUGGAGCCACAUACCGGAGGCUGGGUGAAGAGAUAUGUAGUAGUCAGACGACCCUAUGUCUAUAUUUACAAUAACGAUCGGGACCCAGUGGAGAGAGCCAUCCUCAACCUCUCCCAGGCCCAUGUUGAGUAUAGUGAGGACCAACAAGCUAUGCUGAAGACCCCCAACACAUUUGCAGUAUGCACCCAGCACCGCGGCAUCCUGCUGCAGGCCAGCAACGACAAAGACAUGCAUGACUGGCUCUACGCCUUUAACCCUCUCCUGGCUGGCUCCAUCCGGUCCAAACUAUCCAGGCGCAGAUCAGCCCAAAUGAGAAUUUAAUGGGAUCCUUGCUCUUCUUCCCAUUUCAUUGCCAGGUUACACCUUCAGUUCAAAUCACAAACCUGCAAACAACAGCCUGGCUCCUCUUGGCUUGGUGCUGUCACUCAGCAGGGGUUUUACUUUAGAGCUGUCCUUGAAGAUUCCCCUUUAUCUCACUGUGCUGCACUUUCCCUCUGCUACAAAAGAAUUGUAUUCUCUCUUCCUGACUUUAUAUUCAAUCCACAACACUUGGUAGAGCAGAGGAGAGUCUUUUUCUGAUGAAGAGAAGUGAACCUUGGUUGGGUUAAUUAAUAUAUCUUAGAAUACACCCAGAAGUGUAUAAGGGGUAAAUGAAGGAGAGUGCUGCUUUGCUUGUCUGAAAAGAAAGUGGAGUUUUAGUAAUGGAAGCUAAUAUCUGUGGCAGUGAUAAAUGUGGAUGCAAUGCUCUGCAUGUCUCUAGAGGGAUAUGAAACAGCCAGGCUCAAUCAAUGAUAUUACCCAUUAAUGUAAAACCAUUUCCUUGCACAAAUUUUCCACUUCAUGUCACACACAUGGGCACUCUUCCUAAAUACGAAUAUAUCUUUCUUCUAUAGUUUCUGUCACCUUUAGCCACAUUAUCCAGUCUGAGAAAACAGGAGUUCAUGUAUUAAUGGGCACUUCUUGGAUAUUAUUGGAGCACUAGAUAUUUGUGUAUGUAACUUUCACUAACCUACAGUCAGAACCAUCAUCACAGAAACAUUUUGCCAGUAUUGGGUCCCCUAUUACUCACCAGACUGUUCUAUUUCCAGGACCUCCAGUCUGACUGGGCCCCAGACAACCAUAUGUCCCCAUAGCAGAUUAAUAUAAUUAUUAUUUACAAAUAUUGACAGCAGACAUCAAGAACAUAGGUCAUUAAAUCAGUCUGGGACUGAAGGACUCAUUUAUAAACACUGGGCAAAUCUGCACCUGGGUAGUAACCCAGGGCAACCAAUUAAAUGUUUGCUUUCA